AAGCAGAGCAGUGAGUAGGAAUCAAAUGCGAAAAAGACAGGCAUCAUGUUGGCUCAUCACUGCCUGAUCUUCACCUGGGUGCUGGUCACCAGCAGAGUCCACAACCAGUCCUGGAGGCCCUGCACAGGUACAAGGACCAAGAUUUGUUGCCCCUUGACCUACUGGAUAGAGCCCUACCACUUCCACGACAGGCCCAGCACACACAGAUGCAGAUGGUACAGUCCAAGGGGUCGAGAGGUCUUCGAUUGGGUGGUGCCAUGGCACUGAGUUUUCAUGCCUCCCAAAUCUUCAUCAACUGUGACUACUUCCCUGCUGAGUUCUCAUUGGUCGCCACUGUGAAGAUACCAAAGCUGCAGCCCAAGACAAACCAGUAUAUAUUCUCUUUGGUGGAAGAGACAUCUGACUCACUGUUGCUAGGAUUACGUGUCUCAAAUAACCACCUACAUUUUAUAACCAUGCCUACUGGGAAGAGGGGACGGAGUCGUCUGAGUUACAAAGACAUUGGAUUGGAUGACAACCGCUGGCACACCAUGGUGCUGGCCAUCACUGGACCUUAUGCCACCCUGACUCUGGACUGUGGACUGCCCCUGCAGCUGAAACAGGCCCAAUCUUUCCCUACAUCUCUUAGCACCAGAGGGUCCAGGUUCUACAUCGGUAGCAGGAGAAGGUGGAGGGGACGCUUUUCAGGUUUAUUGCGUCAGUUGGUUCUGCUUCCUGGAUCAGAUGCCACGCCCCAACUGUGUCCAACCUCUUACCCCAGUCUGGCAGAGCUGUCCAUUCCUCAGGUCCUAACGUCUACACCUCUACUGCCAGACCACCAGGGACAAGUUUACGCAUAUGAGGCUGAGACCAGAGUGACUGUUGGAAAUCCUCCUCUCUGCUCCCGAACAGAACACGGCCAGCUCUGGUUCAAUGCUCAGAGCAAAGGCCUGUUGAUCUGUGAUGGACUUAGCUGGAGGGACCUGCUACAGAACAGGGAACGUUUAGACUACGUGGAGGAUUACCAGGAUCUGUACACUGGCUCAGAAACCUUCGACAUUGAGAUCUUCUCCAUCCGGCCUGAAGGCCUGUUCAUGGCUGCAGCCAACAGGGACUCCAGGCCUGGCUCAGGGAUUUACAAGUGGAGUAAUGGGUUGUUCCAGCUCUACCAGAACAUCAGCACUCACAAGGCACAAGCCUGGAAAUACUUUACUGUGGGCAACAUGAUUUUCCUGGUGGUGGCGAACUCCAGAGAGGUGGAGCCUGAGGUCUCUAUCAUCUUCCGUUGGAACAAGCGGCAGAGACGUUUCAUCCGCUAUCAGACUCUGAAGACCCAUGCUGCUCGGGACUGGGAGGCCUUCAUCAUCCACAACCAGAGCUUUCUGGUUGUAGCCAAUCACAGACAAGAGUCCAACCACAACAUCCAAAGUGUGAUCUACAGGUGGAACCCAAACACUAAGCUGUUUGAGGUGAAUCAGACCCUGUCCACAUCUGGAGCGUAUGACUGGGAGUUCUUCACCGUUGGGCCGUACCACUUCUUGGCGGUGGCCAACACCUUUGAUGGCCAGACCACCACCAUCAGCUCCACCAUCUAUGUCUGGGUGAAUGGCCGCUUCCAGACCUUCCAGAACAUCCCGACGCUGGGAGCGACAGACUGGGAGACGUUUCAGAUAAAUGGCAGGUUCUUCCUCGCUGUUGCCAACAGCCAGAAGGUUUCAGAGCAUGGCCCGAAUGUCUACAGCAUCAACUCCACCGUGUAUGAGCUCAACAUGCUCACGCAGUCCUUCAUUCCCUUCCAGGACAUCCUAACGCACAGUGCAGUGGACUGGGAGUUCUUCAGUGUUGGAGAGGAGAAGUUCCUAGUGGUGGCCAACUCUCACGACGGCAUUUCGUACUCACAGAACAGUGUCGUCUACAGGUGGCAGGGGUACGAGGGCUUUGUUCCUGUCCACAGCCUGCCCACAUUUGGUUGCAGAGACUGGGAGUACUUCAGCACUGAGGACGGCUCUUUCCUCAUCUAUUCCAGCGCCACCUCCAGGCUCAGCAAGGUCUUCAAACUUAAAACCUACUGAAGUCCAUGCACCCUGCAGCUCCUCACCACCAUGGGGAUGUCAACAUCACCUGCACACAUCUCAUCAGCAUUUGAUUUUUUCAUCUACCUGGAGAAGAUCUUCAGAUACACAUGAACAUAAUGAACUGAUAAUGAGGUUUGGUGCAGUGUUUUUAAUCAGUCAGGGCAGCUGCAUGUGAAAGUCCAGCUCCUGUUCUAAUGCUGUUCUGCUUCCAGAGCAAAUAGCUUCUGGACUUAAGCUUCAUGAUUACUUCUCAGGUCUAACUCAAGUCUUAUUAAUAAUCAUGGUCAUUAUAUCCUCAAGCUAGUGUGUCAUCGGCUCAGACCUUCAGUAGAACAGAACAGAACAGAACAGAACAGAACAGAACAGAACAGAACAGAACAGCAUCAGUUAAACACACGCAGUCAAACUAGAUGCAACCACCAUGUUCUCAGAGUCAUGCCGCAGUCAUGUUUAUUUAUUUAUUUAUUGGUGCUCAGGCUGGUAUUGCAUCUUUGUUUAAAAUUUUAUAAAAAAGCUUGCAAAUAUUUUUACUUUUCUUGGCAUUGACACCUCAGACUGAUUAUCUUUAUAUUCCUGCACUGAGAUUUAUUAUAAAAUAAAUUAUGUUCUUAUGCAGAAUGUGUUUAGUACACAUAGGUGUUUACACUUUACUUUUACUACCUAUAUCAGGGUGUUUAUAACGAAUCACCAUACUUUUGGGCCAAUUUAGUAAAAAGUAUCAUCACUUUGCUGGGGGGUCUCUAAUCUAGCUACAGGGGUUGCAAGCCAGUGACUUCUGUGCCGGUCCCAAUAGAGUGGAUUGCGUCAGAAAAGGCAGUAGUAAAGUAGUAAAACUAAACUAAAACUAGUAAAACUAUAUCGCGAGAAUCGCGUGACAGUAGCAGCAAGCAUCUGUCGGCUUCCGUAGAGGCUAAACCCUGUCCUCCUGUUGUGGAAAAAAUGACCACGAGGGUUUCUGACUACUCAGUGAAGAGAAGAAUCUAAAAAGUUGUCUUUAUCAAUUUAUUUAUGCAUAUGCGUAAAAGAAAAAUCAAAUAAAGAAAUCAAUUAGAAAAGAAAAACAAAACAAAAAAACAAAACAAAAUACCCAGGUGGAGAGGACAAGUGGAUGCUCACACAAGGUUCACACCAAAAGCUCUGUAACACCCCUUCCCCUUUUUCCAGAGUAUUUAAAGCAUACAGAUAACAGUUCCCACCUUUAACGAACACCUUCCAAAUCAUCCUCUAAACAUACAUUAGCUCAUCUUCAGGAAACAGACCAUAACGUCCAUCAAGAUUAUUUAGACGGUUGACAUUUCGUCUGCAUAAGUAAAUAUCUGCAAAGGGCAUCUUGUUCCUUAUCCGAGUCAGACACUACCUCAUUGGAUGAGAUAAAGGGGAACCGGGCCUCCUGCUCAGAUGCACAGAUGCAUCAGCAAAUGUUUUAAAUCUACGUAUUAAAUUACAUAUUAAAUCUACCUAAAUCUACGUAUUAACCCAUGUAAUGAUGGCUCAAGAAUGGGGGUUGGAGCUACGGACUAAGGUUUGGCUCACUGAUGCCUUUUCUCGGGUUUCUUCCCAUAUUAGGUCUGAAAAUUUGCAUAUUCAGCGGUUUUUACUUGAGAAAUGUUUAAGAAAUGUUCAAAAAUGUAGAGGAAAUACAUUUAUAACACAGAUCAGUGGAAAGAUAUGGAUUUUUGGAUGGUUUUCUGUCCCGUGUUAGCCCAAGAGAGGCCAUUCUGUCUCGUGUUGGCCCAGAGGAAGCGGCUGUGUUGCCCACCGUUGGUCCGUUGGUUGGAGGGGCAAUUCCGUCCUGUUUUGGCUCCCUAGAGGAGGCCAUUCUGUUCCCUGUCGUCCUCGAAGAUGGGGUCAUUCAUAGCCCCGUUACCUGUGGCGGACCCGGGCGGACGCCUUCUGUCACAGUUCCCGUCAGCUCUGAAGAGGCCAUACCUGUUUCAGUCCCCUGUAGAGGCCGUAUUCAACUCCAUACCUGUCGGCCACUAGAAGAUCACCUAGGAGUUUCUGGAGGUCCAGGCUGGUUCCCGCCGGCCCGGGGCUCUGUGUCCUCUGUUCUUCUCUGUACAGGUGUCGCCCCCGAAGUGCUUGGUGGUGCUCGAGUGAGCACAACUGCCCUCGUCUCCGGCGGCCAAGAGGUGGCCACACCGCUUUUGGAUCUGGUGUCCUCUGCUUCCGUGAGCAGGUGCAGUUUCUGGUAGUCUGGUCCCGACCACAUCUGUCUCAGCUGCUGGUGGUCUGGCACUGACCACAUCCACAUCAGUUCCUGGUGAUCCAGCACCGACCAUGUCUGCAUCAGCCCCUGGUGGUCUGGCACCGACCACAUCUUCCUCAGUUCCUGGUGGUACGGUCCCGGCCACCUCUCUGGCUUUGGUUGUCUGUCCUCGUCCCUGGUUCCGGUCCAUCCGUGGUUUGUUUCUCAUCUUUGGUUCUGGUCCUGGUUCUUUGCUUGUCGUAAUCCCUGGUUCAUACCUCGUCUCUGGUUCUGGUUCUGGCUCCUUGUCGGUUCUUGUCUCUAGUCCCGGAUCAGCCGUCUCGUCUGCCUGCUUGGGGUCUCGCCCUCGGCUCCUUCGUCUGCGACCUCCUCGACUCUUAGGCCCCCUGGACGGGCGGCUGCCUGUAGGACGUCGCCGGUUCCUGUGGGCCACUGGGCGCACUCUGCUGCAUCUCUGGCCAACUCGACUCGUCUGCCGCCAGGAUGGCGUCUCGCACUGUAUGGGGCUCGGGAGGCGGCUGUUUCCGGUGCCGACCUCCCAGAGUCUACUGCUCGCCACUGGACUCUGGUGGUGCUCUUCUGGCCCAGCGACUGCUGGGUCGCACCCCACCUCACCUUCCUUUCCCUGGAAGAGGAUGAGUGAACUUUGUUUUGAGUCACCAUAUUCGGACUUCAUAUUUGGACUUUGUGUUGGACUGCUUAUUUGGACUCCUGUUUGUACCCGGUUUGGGAUUCUGCAUGCGUCUUAUUAGAGGCUGGUGGUUGUUGCUGGUUGGUGGCUCUCCACCAGUCCUCCCUCCGCCCACCCUGGUUGUUUUGCCUCGUAUCCUCCUCCAGUCCUCCCUCCAUCCACCCUGCUUGGGGUUCAUUGGACAUUCGGGGGGGGCUGUUGGGUGCCUGUGGAUUCACCCUGGGGAGGGGGGUACUGUCACAGUCUAGGUUUUCGUCUCACAUUUCCCGUUUUAUUUUGGUAACACUUCCGGUUUCUGUUCCAUCAUGUUACUGUCCUGCUUAUGUUUAAUCACGAGAUGACACAGCUGCUUUCAAUCCGGUCAUUAGAUCAGUAUAUUACCACCAGCACUUGCCUUUGUUAUUCGCCAGGUUGUUGACUUUGUUCGAUUCCAGCAUUCAGUUCCUCAGCUUACCUGUUACCACUUAGUUUGAUUGCACAUUUCGUCUCCUGGAUUCUCCCUGUCGGUACUUUAGCCUGAGUUAUCUAUGUGUAUGACCUCUUGCCUGAUUUACCUGUCUACCUGCCUGUCGGAUUUGUACUUUUGCCAAUCUGCCUUCCUGUUUUAUGAUUUGUGCUGGUAUUUUGACCUAGAGAAACAUUAAACCGUUUAUCUGCUACUGCGAGUCUCUGAAGCUGUGCAUGUGGGUCCGCUGCCUCCGCUCAACCUUCGUUUGUGACACUGACGGCCUCAUUGCACUUGGAGGAACUGCGGAACCAGUGAUUUAAAUCUAGGGUCUAAGAGUGUUGCUGGGGUCAGCAAACUGAGGUGGUUUUGUUUAAAUAGGAAAGUUCUGUCAAACAAAUGCGACAUUUAACCUGCAUAAAAAAAUAUGAUUAGUAAACUAAGAGUCACUUUGAAAUAAUCUGAAUUCAGAUACAUCAAGUGAAAACCUUUUAAAAUUAAUUAAUUCUUUUAAUAAUACACUUUCACUUUAUUAUAAAAUUUAAUUAAAAACGACACCUUAUUUUCCGAUACUGUAUGAGAUCAAUUAUAGAUGAAUUUGACAAUGAACGGCAGACCUUUUGGCAUAUGUAUCCCGACACAUGCACUUCCAUACUUUUUGGCGCGUCAGACAGUAACUAAUACAGGAACUGUAUCGUCACGUGACUUUCCCAACGCGAUAGGUGCACCGACAUAGUGUUCUGCUCUAUGACCUCAGCGCAUGCGUGGACGCAUAGGUGUUGCUGGACCCACAACUAGUUGUCACUACUUUACAGUAUCUAGUUUUGCUUUACGACUCGUGCAUGACCUCGUACCUGUUCUUGCACUCGUGUUUUUCCCUAGUCCCUGUCGGUACCCCGUCUGUGCUGAAUUCUGUUAUGACUGUUGCCUGCCUGACCACGCUUUGCCUGCUGUUUUUCGAAACUUACUGUAGCUAUUAAAACCCUGUUACUCAAGUCCUGUCUCAAGAGCUGUGCAAUUGGCUGUGCAUCCUUCUCUCCUGCUCAUUCCAACCAGCCGUGACAAUACUUUACUUUGCUUAAACACAGUUAUUAAAAUGUCUCGUGUGUAGUUGUCCUCUGGGCAUUGAACAGCCCUUUAGCUGCUGUUGAGACUGUGUAAUCAGAACCUUCCAGUUGGAAACUGUUCACACCUUUUCACAUCAGUGUCACAUGGAGACACAACUGCAGUCAGAGGUGUUAACGGCUAAUAAGCGUCAACACAAAUACAUGAUGCAACCAGUACACAAGAGACAAGUAAGUCAUUAAAGCACAAUCAACCAAAUCAAACCAAAGUUUCACCUUUGCAUAAUGCCAUCAUUGAAAGCAUAAUAAAUGUCAAAAACAUUUAUUAACAGUUACUGAGUUAGUAAAAGCUCUGAGUCUAAACACUGGCUCCCUCCAAGGUUCAGUUCAUUUAAAUUCAAUUCAAUUUUAUUUAUAUAGUGCCAAAUUACAACAAGGCUAUCUCAAGGCACUUUAUAGACAACUAAACCCAACAAAUCCCACACGCUGUUAAUUACAAACUGACAGUAACAGUGGAGAGGAAAAAAAACCCUCUCUAACGAGGAAGAAAGUACAACCAGGCUGGAUGUGGGCGGCCAUCUGCCUUGACCGUUUGGGGAGGGAGAGAGAAAGAAAAAAGCACAGCAACAAACAAGCAACAACAGAGCACAGGCAGGAUGGUUGGACCAGAGACUGGACACA